AUGCAAGUCAGCAAACAAGCACUUUGUCGAAAAAAACUUCUGUCAUUGCACGUGGUAAGGUUUCAAAUGAUUGCCGGAGAAGCUUAUGAAUUGAGAAUCAUAACAAUCAAGAAUUUAAUGCUGCUUCAUGAACGACCCCCUCGAGGAUUACAGUUAAAUCCACCUCACUCUAUUCUGUCUCUGUAG